ACCUUAUCCAAGAGCCUCAUCCCCCGUCUGGACUUGCAUGCUGACUCGACCCGACCCUUUGAACACAUACCUCCACGAAAGCAUAAUCCUCAUUGCUCCGGAUUGACACUUAAACUCAAAGAGUGCAUAGUCUAGGGUUUCAGCCGGGUGCUUUGUCUUACGUUUCCUAACCUUUUGUCUUCUUUUCCCUUGUUCUUCGUCGAUAUCUGAUCUGUCUCAUAUAAACAAAGUCCAUCCUCUCCCAACAUAUAUCCUCUCCCUGUCUCGAUCAAUCUCCGACUCUAUAUUUACAUACCUUCACGCUAAUAUGUCUCUUCCGUCCACAAAACCCGCCCAAACCUCCAUCCGAUCCUUCUUCUCGGCAAAAACACCCAAAUAUGCUCCUCCACCUUCUCAGGGGGCUUCCAUAGAACUCUCAAGGCCUCCCCCGCCGCCUGCUGCUACUGCCCCUCCACCAACCUCGAAGGCGCCAGACUCCACGAUAACCUCGUUCCGAAUUCCGCCUCUGCCGACAUCUCUCCCUAAAGAAGCUACGAUCCGGCUGGUCUCGAAUGACGACGUCAACGCUUUACGCCGCAUCAACGCCCUUCUGCUGCCCGUUAGCUACCCCGACAACUUCUACCAGCGUGCAGUUGAUCCGACAUCUGGUCGCUUUUCCCGAGUCAUCACCUGGGCUCACGAUGGCUCUGAAGCCAAGGUCGUCGGCGGUAUCGUUUGCCGCGUUGAACCCAUCCUCGAUUCCAACAGUCAGGGAGCUAUGCCCCAGAAUCUAUACAUUCAGUCGCUUUGUCUGCUUUCGCCUUAUCGAUCGCUGGGCCUCGUGAACGCUGCAGUGGACAAUAUCAUUGCAGGUGCUGUAUCGGACCCCAACUUGAAUGUGACAACUGUCACGGCUCAUGUUUGGACUGAGAAUGAGGAGGGUCUGAAAUGGUAUGAAGGUCGUGGCUUCAAGCGCGAGAACCAACCUAUUGAGGGCUAUUAUCUCAAGCUGCGUCCCAAUUCAGCCUGGCUAGUCAGUCGCCCAACUGGCGCUUCUGUCCGGAACUUGCUACCUUAUUCCUCUUCUGCGCCUCAACCUAGUGUGCCCGCGAGCGUAACUGCUGAUAUUGCCAACCUGGACGGAGCGUCAGGUCCUCCCAGAAAUGGCACAUCAAGACCUCCCAUGCCCCAGUCUGGGAAAUCCUAUCAAAAUCAACGACCUGAAACUGAGUGGAAUGAUCUCCCUGAGGAUAUGGCAAACAGCCGUCUCGCACCACCACCCCGGGUAGGAAGUACUGGCUCUGGCGCAAGCUCUGGAAGUAGCUCUGCGGCACGAAAGAAGAGGGAUAGGUCUUACCCUGCGGCUGCUUUCGGGAAUUAAGGCGUAGACGAGAAAGAUGCGAUUUAUAAAGCUGCCGUCAAAGAAGAAUGGAUUGCUUCACGAUGGUGUACGAUUUCAACGGUUCGGAUGGGCUAGACGCGAUUCAGGAAAAGACACAAUAUUAGACUUACUAUAAUAAUAGCACAAUAAUAAAUCCAGUUGCUCCUCGGGAAACUGAAAAGGAAUCAUCAGAUUAUCUUAUCAUAAAACUAGUUGCCUCAUAAUUAUACAGCU